AUGUCAUGCUUUGUGUUUCAGUGCAUCAAGGGCAACUACAGCAACUACACGAAAGACACAGUUUGCAAGGCCAGCGAAUUCUUAGGGAUAGCAGAAAAUCAACCACCUGACAUUCAUCGGAUUAAUGAAGCAAUGGCAAAUCUACAUGCUUUAUUAGACCACGAGGGUCGCGAACUUCCGGGGCAAGAGGAUGUUGUUCGUUUUAUUCGCGUCAUUGCCAUUAUAAUGGGAAAUCAGGUUGACAUACCAUAUCCACCAGAACCACCAACACCAGACGAACACGUACAAGAGUGGUUUGGCCGUGAUGACUGUGAAAUAAAUGAUGAAAAUUUGACACUGUUUGUUGGACAAAAUGGGAGGACCGUUGACCUUAAGCAAAUCCACAAUAGCUUGAGAAGAACAGGACCAAGAAAUACAGCAGAAUUUUUCGCAAACUUCAUGACUAUGCUUCUUGUGCAGGUGAGGCCUUCUUUAGUACUAAAUUUCCAUAAACACCAUGGUUUUCGGCAUUUGAUGAGAAAUCUUGGAAAGAUUUAUCGCUUGCGGAAAAUCCUAGCAAGCUCCAUUUCGUUGACCGAGAGCAGAUUUACGGUAAGAGCUUGUCUUGUUAGUUCAAUGCGAACGCCAAUGCCUAUUACAGACUUCAUCGAAGCAACUCUUAGGCGCAACGGAGAACUGCCCAAAGAUUUUGAAGAGGACCAACCAAAGGAUAUCAAAAAUUUUAUGUAA